CCCCAACCCCUCUCCCCCUCCCGCCCGGCGGCCACCCUCGGGGGCGAGGCAGCCGGCGCGUGGGAGGGGACGGCGCGCCAUUGGCUUGCGCGCGGGACCGAGAGGAGGGACCAGCGCGGGCCGCCAGACUCGGGCAAACCCCGGCCGCGCAGGACGCCGCGCGCAGUCCCGCCCGGCCCUGCCCUGCCCUGCCCUGCCCCGCGCGGGCGGCGCGAUGUGAGGCUCCCGAGGGCCCAAGCGUCCCCUGGCUCGCCAGCCCCGCGCAGCGCCGGCGCCAGCAUGCGCUAGGAACGGCCGCUGAUCGCGGUGGCGGAGUUCCCGCUGGCGGGUCCUACUGGUUCGGCCGGCCGUGGGGGCGCCCAACAGCCCGGAGCUCCCCGCCUGGGGUCCCCAGCUCUCAGGCCCGGGUCUCCGAAAGUGGGUGAGUGUCUGGAGCCGGAGAUAAAGGACACGUUGGAGGAGGAAGGAGUCAGACCGGGAGAGACCCCCGACUCCCGGCCGGGGAGGUGUGGUGCUGAUUGAACGGGAGGACCGGCGGCCAAGUCAUCUCCGUGUCUCCCGGACCAGCGCCUGGUGGACGACAGCGGCUCCAGGACGAGAUGGCGGCCAAGCAGCCCCCGCCUCUCAUGAAGAAGCACAGCCAGACGGACCUCGUGAGCCGCCUGAAGACCCGCAAGAUCCUCGGCGUGGGUGGGGAGGACGACGACGGGGAGGUGCACCGCUCCAAGAUCAGCCAGGUCUUGGGCAAUGAAAUCAAGUUUGCUGUUCGGGAGCCUCUGGGGCUGAGGGUCUGGCAGUUUGCUUCUGCUGUGCUCUUCUCCGGCAUCGCCAUCAUGGCCCUCGCCUUCCCUGACCAGCUCUAUGAUGCGGUCUUUGAUGGAGCCCAGGUGACCAGCAAGACCCCCAUCCGCCUCUAUGGCGGUGCCCUCCUCAGCAUCUCCCUCAUCAUGUGGAAUGCUCUCUACACGGCGGAGAAAGUGAUCAUCCGAUGGACUCUGCUCACCGAAGCCUGUUACUUUGGGGUCCAGUUCUUGGUGAUCAGUGCCACGCUCGCAGAGACCGGCCUCGCGUCCCUGGGGAUUCUGCUGCUCUUGGCCAGCCGCCUCCUUUUUGUCGUCAUCAGCAUUUACUACUAUUACCAAGUGGGCCGAAAACCCAAGAAAGUCUAGCCACUCGCUGGGCCAGGGGCCCCUGUGUGGCGGGGAGGCCCCGGGGCCUCAGUUUCCCUCUGGCUGCUGGAAGGCAGGAAGGAGCCUGCCCUGUGCCGGGCCUGCCCCUAGGCAGGCGGGGCUGACCGCCUUCCUUUCCUCCCGGGCACCCCCAAAUGCUGUGAUCUCCUGGGCUUUCAGGUUUGGGGAGGGACGGGGCCUCUUGAACCUCUGGCCCUCGCCCCACACAGGAACGCCUCCUUUUCGUGGGUCUCUUGGCCUCCGGAUCCCCUGGACAGACACUCACUGGAGAGCUUGAGUCGUGGGGUUUUGGCCUGAGAUGGGGCUCUCGCCCUUUCUGCCGGGAGGCCCUUCUCUGGUUUGAGACAGGCUGAGAACUGUCCCCCGGUCCUCCCUACACCCCCGGCCACUCUAGUGCCCAUGUGGCUGACCGUGGCUUCCGUGUAUGCCUGGAAAAAUCCAAGAAUUUGACCCAGUGCCCCUAUCCCUCCCCACCCAUGGGAGCUGCCCCUGCCCCCUAACCGCGCACGCCUGCCCUUCCCACAGCCGAGCUGCGGGCGGACCGGCAGGGGUGGUGGUCUCUGAGCCGGUAACUCCCUUUCAGCCUCCCUCUGCAGUGGGCCGCCUGUCGCCAGAGCCCGGUCCCCAGCCCCAAGCCCGGCCACCACAGGCUCUCCUAGGGCCUUACUCUAGGCUGCCAUGCCUCCGCCCGGCUCCCGGACGCCCCUAGGAGUCCCCUUCCCCCAACUGGCCUGGGUCCAGAGGCUGCCAGCAGCCUCACCCCCAGGCCAGCCCCGACAGUGGACGCAGAGAGAAGUGGAACCCCCGUGAUGGGGUUUGGAGAUGAAGAAGAAGAGAGAGACGCAGUGGCGUUUCCUCGGCCCUUCGGUCUGCCCGGUUCAGUCCCCUCGUGCACCCUCGCCCUCUCCCCGGGGUGCUGCCCCCGAGACCCGGCGGGGUAGGACUGGGUGCCCUUCAAACUCAGCAGGGGAAAUAAAUAGAAAUAUUGCAGCA